ACCGCCAUCGCCUCCUUUCUUCCCUCCGGGCUAGCGCACACGGCACACAACUCUCGCUGCUGCUGAGCUUGUUUGGAGCCGCUUCUUAACGGCUUUUUUACGGGAAAAAAAGGCGGACGAACUCUCCCAAACGGCGGCCCACUUGUCCCGCCCGCGAUUCUUCUCCCGGCGGUGUUUCAACGUGGAAGCCGAAUCGGCAGGCGUCCAGGCGAGCGCGCAGGGGAAAAUCCCACCGAUUCGCUCGGCUCUCGCCCCCUCCGCUCGCUCGAGAAGCACCGGCGCCGCCGACUCCGGGCUCCUCCUCCCCGCGCGCGGCCGCUGGGUUCCUCCUCCUCCUCGCGACGCAAGGCGCUGUCUCCCUCCUCGCGCGGCGGCGGCCGCCGCCUCCCAAACGCUCCGUUGCUUUUGCUGCUGAAGCCCAGCGGCACCGCCUUCCGGAUUCCCUCCGGCUUCUGCUCCGGCGGUCGGAUCUCGCGCCGCGUCGCCCCGCCUUUGAGGCAGAGAAGGUGUUCAACUCUGUUUCCGAUUGAUUGGAUUGUCUGUACGUUCAUUGCUAGUGCAUUAUGGAAGAUGAUGGUACUACAUGAGGUCAAAUGAAAGUCAUGCAUAUACCUUCCUUCUGAUGGCCAGGGUAUGUUAAUUGUUCAGUUUGGUAGCUGUCUAGAUACACCAGCACACCACAAAUUCUCUCACACUCAAUAUGCCGACAUGGUGGGGUAAAUCAUCGUCAAAAGAUGUUAAGAAAACCACCAAGGAAAACCUGAUCGAUACAUUUCAUCGCUUGAUAAGUCCAAAUGAGCAAAAGGGAAGCACAAAAUCAAAACGGAAUUGUAGGCGUGGCAAUACAGCUGCUGAGAAAGUUUGCAAAUCAACAACAGUGUCACGUCCAACUUCUCCUUCAAAAGAAGUUUCCCGCUGCCAAAGUUUUUCGGCUGAUAGGCUGCAUGCUCAGCCACUUCCUAUUCCUGGAGUACGCCCUCGAGUAACUCGUGCAGUUGCUGAUGUCAAUGAUUCAAAGCCCAUAUUGGAAAAACGUGGCAAACCACCACUACUUCUGCCACUUCCUAAACCCAAUCCGCUUCAACGGGGACCUGGAAGCAGUGAUAUUCCUUCAGAAAUAGUGGUUGCUUCUGUCUCUAGCAAUUGUUCUGCUGAUAGUGAGGAUCGUGCAGAUUCUCAGCUUCAGAGCCCUGUUGGGAAUGAUAGUGACAAUGUAACAAAGGUUUCUUCAAAGAAAAAGUCAAGUAAUGUUCGCAAGGAUCAAUCUGGUGCUAUUACUACCAAGACCACGAAGGAAAUAUUGAAGCCAGCUGCUAAUGCAUUCCCCAGUAACCAUACACAGUCCACGCCACCAAGAGGUAUUUCAGCUGACAAUAAUCAACCAGAUUUACAAAAUCUCCGGCCAGUAGUUUUCGAGAGUGCUCCCAAUAGUUUGAUGUCAAGUCCUUCGAGAAGUCCAAGACCAAUAUGUCCUGAUCAUAUUCCGACUUCAGCCUUUUGGGCAGUGAAGCCUCAUGCUGAUGUAACUUUCCUUGGAUCUGGUCAGUGCUCCAGUCCAGGUUCAGGGCAAACAUCUGGACAUAAUUCAGUGGGUGGCGAUAUGCUAGCCCAGCUUUUUUGGCAACCCACCAGGGGUAGUCCAGAGUGUUCACCAGUUCCUAGCCCAAGAAUGACGAGUCCUGGCCCUAGUUCUCGUGUGCAUAGUGGAAGUGUUUCCCCGUUGCAUCCAAGGUCUGGAGGAGUGGCACCUGAAUCUCCUACGAGUCGGCAUGAUGAUGGAAAGAAGAAGCAAACCCAUAAAUUGCCCCUUCCACCAUUGAGCAUCUCUAACACUAACAGUUCAUUUCUUCCAAAUAACUCCAUGCCAAGCAGUCCUAUUUCAGUACCCCGCAGCCCUGGCAGAACAGAGAAUCCAUCAAGUCCUGCAUCACGAUGGAAGAAGGGCAAGCUGAUUGGUCGUGGGACAUUUGGUCAUGUAUAUGUUGGCUUCAACAAUGAUAGCGGUGAAAUGUGCGCAAUGAAAGAGGUUACCCUAUUCUUGGAUGAUCCUAAAUCAAAGGAGAGUGCAAAGCAAUUGCGGCAGGAAGUAUCACUCUUGAGCCGCUUAAGGCAUCCAAAUAUUGUACAAUACUAUGGAUCAGAAAUGGUUGAAGAUAAACUUUACAUAUAUUUGGAAUAUGUUUCUGGUGGAUCCAUACAUAAACUUCUUCAAGAGUAUGGACAGCUUGGUGAACCAGCAAUACGCAGCUACACCCAACAGAUACUUUCAGGCUUAGCUUAUUUGCAUGCCAAGAAUACCGUCCAUAGGGACAUCAAAGGUGCAAACAUACUAGUUGAUCCAAGUGGCCGUGUUAAGCUUGCAGACUUUGGAAUGGCAAAGCAUAUCAAUGGACAGCACUGUCCUUUUUCAUUUAAGGGUAGUCCAUACUGGAUGGCUCCAGAGGUUAUAAAAAAUUCUAAUGGAUGCAACCUUGCGGUUGACAUAUGGAGUUUAGGUUGCACUGUCCUGGAAAUGGCUACCUCAAAGCCACCAUGGAGCCAGUAUGAAGGGAUUGCUGCAGUGUUCAAGAUUGGGAACAGCAAGGAACUUCCGCCAAUACCGGAUCACCUCUCGGAGCACUGCAAGGACUUCAUUAGGAAGUGUCUGCAACGUGAUCCAUCUCAGCGUCCAACGUCAGUUGAGCUUUUGCAACACCCAUUCAUACAAAAUGGAGUUUCACUUGAGAAAUCUGUUAUUCCUAAUCAUUUGGAGCAUUUGGCUGCCAUAUCAUGCAGAACAAAACCCAAGGUGGCCGUGCAGACAAGAAAUGCCUCCUUAGGUUUCGAGGGUCAGACUAUUUACCAAAGAAGGGGUGUAAAAUUAUCUUCAAAACACAGUGAUAUUCAUAUUCGAAGCAAUAUAUCCUGUCCAGUUUCUCCAUGUGGAAGCCCCCUGCUAAAGUCGAGGUCCCCCCAACACACAAGUGGCAGAAUGUCACCCUCUCCUAUUUCGAGCCCCAGAACUAUGUCAGGCACUUCCACACCCCUAUCUGGUGGCAAUGGUGCUAUUCCUUUUAACCACCUAAGGUAUGCAACUUACAGCAGUGAGGGAUUUGGGACCACAUCAAGAGGCCUAGACGAUCAUUUCCCGAACCGGCAUAAAGAUCCGAUCCUUGGGCAUUUUGCUCAGGCACAUCAAGUCUCACAGGGACCUCGGGAAAGAGUAGUAUCUGAAGCUGAUAUUCUGAGCCCUCAAUUUGGAAAGAAACUUGGAAAUGUUUUUGACUUGCGGGAAAGGCUAUCCCCUUCUGAACAUUUUACUCGUCAUGCCUUGGUGGAUCAUGUGGAUCUAAAUCCUUCACUAGACCUGACAUCUGGCUCUCUACACCCUGGACUAAAGCGUGGUAAAUAACUAUUGAAUGUAAAAAGCAGGGUGGCAUUUUUUGAGUUUUUUGGCUGCUAUGACCAUUCAAUGACUGCAACUGUAUCAUAGUAUCAGAAAGAUUGACAAUUUCUUUAGAAGCUAAUGGUUGGCAAUGGAUGGGAUCUUUGUUGUCAUCAAUGCAAUUCAAGUCAACAAAGAUUCUGCCUAUUCCUACAUGGCUGAGCAAGUCUCCUUAGCAUACUAAACUCGCGUGCUAACAAGUAACAAGUGUCGAAUGAUGGGACUGUAUAUUGGAUUCCCAGACUGAAUCACUGAAGGACCCAAAGCAGUAACUCUCCAUUUGUAUACCCUACUCACCCCAAUAUGUAACCUAUUCUUUGUUCCAUUUUUUUUCUUGGCGUCCUGAUGCCAGUGUACAGAAGGAUUCUCAACUAGGAGCCUGGUUUUUGCACAGGAAAAAAACAGUUGAACUAGUCACUCAGCAAUCAGUACCUUUAUCUGUUCAUUCACAGUUACAUACCCCACCCAUGGUUGUAGCUGGUGCAGUGGUGCUGGAAGUCGAGUCAGCAUUGAUGAAAUUAUUUUGUACUCCCACCGUGACAAAUUAUAAAACGCAAGUUGACCA